AUGUCACCAGCUGAGAAGAAAACAUCUAGCAGUGACUCUUCAGGGGAAGGUUCAUCUUCCUACAAAGACACUGAAACUGAACCACAACAAAUUUCACCGGUUCAGAAGAAAAAAUCUAGCAGUAACACUUCAGGGGAAGGUUCAUCUUCCUAUACAGACACCGAAACUGAACCACAACAAAUGUCACCGACUCAGAAGAAAAAAUCUAGCAGUGACACUUCAGGGGAAGGUUCAUCGUCCUAUACAGACACUGAAACUGAACCACAACAAAUUUCACCGGCUCAGAAGAAAAAAUCUAGCAGUGACACUUCAGGGGAAGGUUCAUCUUCCUAUACAGACACUGAAACUGAACCACAACAAAUGUCACCGGCUCAGAAGAAAAAAUCUAGCAGUGGCACUUCAGGGAAAGACACUGAAACUGAACCACAACAAAUGUCACCAGCUCAGAAGAAAAAAUCUAGCAGUGACACUUCAGGGGAAGGUUCAUCUUCCCACACAGACACUGAAACUGAACUACAACAAACGUCACCAGCUCAGAAGAAAAAAUCUAGCAGUGGCACUUCACGGGAAGGUUCAUCUUCCUAUACAGACACUGAAACUGAACCACAACAUAUGUCACUGGGUCAGAAGAAAAAAUCUAGCAGGGACAUUUCAGGUAAAGGUUCAUCUUCCAAUACAGACACUGAAACUGAACCACAACAAGUGUCACCGGCUCAGAUGAAACUUCAGGGUAAGGCUCAUCUUCCUAUACAGACACUGAAACUGAACCACAGCAAAUGUCACCGUCUCAGAAGAAAAAAUCAAGCAGUGAUACUUCAGGGUAAGGCUCACCUUCCUAUACAGACACUGAAAUUGAACCACAACAAAUGUCACCGGCUCAGAAGAAAAAAUCAAGCAGUGAUACUUCAGGACACUGAAACUGAACCACAACAAAUGUCACCGGCUCAGAAGAAAAAAUCUAGCAGUAACACUUCAGGGGAAGGUUCAUCUUCCUAUACAGACACGGAAACUGAACCACAACAAAUGUCACCGGCUCAGAAGAAAAAAUCUAGCAGUGACACUUCAGGGGAAGGUUCUUCUUCUAUACAGACACUGAAACCGAACCACAAUAAAUGUCACCGGCUCAGAAGAAAAAAAUCUACCAGUGACACUUCAGGGGAAGGUUCAUCUUCCUAUACAGACACUGAAACUGAACCACAACAAAUGUCACUGGUUCAGAAGAAAGAAUCUAGCAGUGACACUUCAGGGGAAGGUUCAUAUUCCUAUACAGACACUGAAACUGAACCACAAUAA